AUGACGAAACCUAAAGCUUCAAAAGCCCGUGAAAAGACUGAGAAAAUCGGAGAAGAUGAAGGUGAGCCAGCGAGUGUAGCUGACGAGCACGCGCUAGCUGGGGAGCCAAGUGCAAUUAGCCCCGUGACUUCCCAAGUAGCUAACCCGACGUCCGCCGACAUAAUGAGUGCAAUUGCUAGAUUGGAGACUUCGGUUGAUAGCAAAUUAACUGCUAUUUCAACCACGAUGAACGCUGUGGAGGCCACUCUUUCCACGGUAACUGGGAGGAUACAUGAUAUUGAGGAAGCUGUAAAUGGGCAUGACGAGAGGAUUGCCGCUUUAGAGGCGCUCUGCGACUCGCUCCAGAAAGGAUACGAUUUACAUCACAGAAAAUUGGAUGACCUCGAGUCGCGGUCAAGACGACAGAAUAUCAGGAUCCUUGGAGUUGCGGAGGGGACAGAGAAAGGAAACCCACUGGACUUUGCUUCUGAGCUUAUUCCUAAGCUCCUGGGGAGUGAGAACUUCACGGGCAGGUACGACGGGGCGAAAGUUUUCAUCUUUCCGGAUCUGACCGCGGAGGUGCUGGCACGGCGCAAGAAGUUUGAAGAAAUCCGCAAACGGUGCAGGGCGGCCAAUCUACGCUACGGCUUUAUUCAUCCGGCUCGAUUUCGGGAUAUUAUGGAUAAGCCGGAGGCAGCCAAAAGAUUCCUGGACCAGAAACUGGCCGUGGGUACAAAUGAAAGUACCAUUUUAAAUGAUCACUUCAUCUGUAUUGUUUUCCACAGGUCAUCUUCAGGAAAGGUGAGCCCAGAGAGCAUUCGUUCAAAGGCAUCGCCAUCAGAAUCAUCUGAAGAUAGUCAUGACCAGCGUGGAAAAAAACCACCCCCAAGUCCAGGGAAGAAGGAGGAAUUAUCUCUAUACAAAAAGACCAAAAGAGCAAUAACAAGCAAGAAAUACAGCAUCCCCAAGCAUGAAGCUGAAGCAACAACACCCAUUGAACUCAUCAGUCGAGGCCCAGAUGGACGUUUUGUUAUAGAUCCUACAGACAGAGAAAUGUCUGUCAAACCCCGGCGAAUUGAGGGCUUCCCGUUUGUGGAAGAAUCAGACCUAUAUCCUGAAUUCCGACAGUCAGAUGAAGAGAAUGAUGACGCUAGGGCUCUUCCACCAGUUAUGCCCCCCUUGCGGCCUCACCAGAUCUCCCCUAUCUCCAGUCAGGAAUCCUACCUGCAACCUCCAGCCUACAGCUCUCAUUUCCACAGGCCCUUCGAAGGUAUGACCAUCAUGGAGAGCAGUCGGCUCCAGGCCACUGGGCAGAUCCGAGGCUCUCUCCACCACAGGGCUUUUUAUGGCUAUCUAGGUCCUCCUGGAGAUCAUGAUCCUCCACCUCCUUUUUACAUGCCAGAUACCAGCCCACUUAGCUCUGUCAUGUCCUCCCCUCCAUACCUUGCUGAGGGUCCUUUUGGCCACGCUAUGAUUCCUGAAGAAAUGGGAGAAAGUGAUUUUCCGCAAUAUGCUGUCUCUGGUUUUCCACUUCCACUGACCCUCACCUCUUCCAUUCGUUCUCCAGAGAUUUGGCAGGGAUUGGAUUUUACCUUUGCAAGUUUGGAAGGACCCCAGUUCAUUUUUCCACCACAUCAACCUUUGCAUCUCCGCCACGAUUCUCCCUAUCCCCCUCCACCUCAUGUUCUUCCCCUUAGUGCUAUCCAGACCUCUUCUCUUCCAAUGCCCACUUAUCCAGCUGUCCUGCCACUGGAGGCCCCAAAGAGCCACUCAAGCAAGUCUCCCAGCAAGGCCAGGCCUCAUGGCUCCCCAGCCAAGCAUUUAGCUAUGCAAGAGGCACAUUUAGGGCAGCUAAGACACACAAGCCAUGGAAUGGGUGUGCCGGUUUUGCCUUACACCGAUCCAAUGGCCCAUAUUGUUCCUAGCACAUUCAGUAGCUUGGACACACGAUGGUUUGAAACCACUCCUCAUUUCAGUCCCAGACAUGCUCGUAGGAUGGAUCCUGGCAUGCAUCAGGUGGUUCUUCAGCCCUCUCGCCUCUCACCCCUCACCCAAAGCCCCCUUAGCUCUCAUGAGGGCUCCCCAGAGAUAGUAGUUCGUCCCAGGCCACGUCCCGGCAUUGUCCAACCUACUAUACCUUCAGAGAUGUCUGAGAUUACCCUCCUCCCUCCUUCCACAGCCAGCUUCUCAAGAAGAUCUUCUCCCUCCUCCUCACCUGCUCAAGCCCAGGGUAGCAGGAGAACAAGCCCCAGCUACCAUUCCCACAUGGCCUUUGCCACCUCUGCAACCAGCUACCCAGCUUCCCAGUCUCCAUCACCCCCCAUGGAAAGCAGCAACAUAUUUGGGCAGAUGCCAUCUCAAAGGAGGACUGAGGAGGAGAUCCUUCCAUCGGAGCCUUCUCCACCCCAGUUGUCAGCUUCAGGAAAACGUCGAGGUGCGCAGAGUGCCCUUUCAGGGUCUGAGAGGAUCGAUGCACUGAGAUACCAACGUAUUAAAAAGGCCAAGAAGAUGACUAUGAACAACAAUAACUCCAAGACCAGAAAGAAAGCAGGUGUCUCCACCUCUCAGACCCAGCAGGCCUACACCUCUCAGGUACUCCAGCCCGAAGAAGCUCUCUACCUCCGCAAAAAGAAGAAACGGCCCAUUCUCCAUGACCCAUAUAUUCGCUUUUCUGCUCUGCUUUACCGUCGUCCAAUUCGGGAGGACCAGAAAGCUAUUUUGGCUAGCAUGGACAACACAGACCUAGACCAUGCCACCCUCCUCUGAAAGUCACAGCUGUGCAAUACAGCUCCCCUUUCCAAAAUGACACUGCACUAGCUACGUCUCAGCUGAAAGAAAAAAGAAUACUGUCACUAGAAUUGUUGCAGUUUAUUACCUACAAAGGGGAGUGGCACAAAAUUUCAGCAUUCAGAUUUGGUUUAUUCCACAGCUGCACCCCUUGGUCAGUUUAGUUUGCAUUAGUAAGCAUUUUGCUGUGUUCAUGAAUUAACCUUGACAAGACUCAAUUUCUUCAAAAAAAGCAGAUUAAGAGAAUUAUUAUCAGAAGCCACACAUAUGUUUUUGUUUAAAAAAAAUCAGAUUAAUGCCAUCUUUGAUUGGAAUUGUGGUUUUGAGGCAUUUCCUCCCCCAAAUUUUGGAUUAUUUGACGUCCUGCUUUGGAGACCCAAAGGCACAGCAAUCUUCUGUUCUUACAUCAAGUAGUAUUCCAUUUAAAAAAAUGUUUAGAGCUCUAAAGAUUUAAGUGAUAACUGACACAUUUGUCCAAAAUUUUACUCCAGUGCAAAAUCAUUAACUAGAAUAAAUACAGCCAACCAUUUUGCUGAUUUUUGUAACGACUAUUUUCCUACUCCAGUCUUCAUAUUCUUAAUUUUAACAUUCCCUCCAGCCUCGGGUCCUGUUUCUUGUGCUGAGCCAAUCCUCUCUCCCCAUCCUGCGGGUCUCCGUUUACAGCACCUUCUAUAAGAACCUCUCUCCGCCAGCAGCAUCUCUUAUCUGCCGAGAAACUCGCCUCACAAAUAUGGGUGUUCUCACUUCCUACCAAGUAUACCUCAGAGCACAGGACACGAGACCACACAACCACCUGGAUCAGCCAGGACAACAAACUAGCCUUUUUACUCAUCUUUUCAUUAUUGUUGCUUUUUUUAUGUACCUGUUUUUAUAUUUGUUUCCAACUGUGCAAACACUGAACACAUAGUUUUAUCUGUUCAAGAAAGAUUCACAUCUUUACUCAUCAGCUUUUUUCUGCUCUGUGCUGAAUGAGCAGGAAAAGGGCUUGUGGUGAAAGGAAACGGAAACAUUACCUUUAGCUUUACUGUACUCGGCCUAAUCUUCACUCUGUGUAGUUUUUCACUGACAGAUGGGAACCAAACAGGUCUCGUCUUCAUUCCACAUAAUAUUACAAAAAAUCUGGCACCCUCAAAUGUGGCUUUUUAAUAACAAAAAAUAUUGGGAUUUCUAUUUAGUUUUUUAUGAAGUUAUACAGUUGCUCCAAUUAUUUUGAAUUUUAAUUUUAAUUCCAGCUUUUUACAUCUCAGAACGGUUUGCACUGGAGCAAAAUCUUGUCCACGUCCUGUCUCUUCCUUUACAUUUCACUUCUUCUACUUUAGUUAGCAUAGAGGGCUGCAAAUCCACUUCUGAAAUUUAUGCCAAAAACAAUUCAGUGAACAGAAAGAAACAAUUUUAGGGAUUUUGUGCCA